AAUAUGGCGGGGAGGAGGAGGAGAAGGCGGCGGUGGACCGAACUGUGCUCUGUCAGUACCACUUGAGCCUUGCGGACGAGGCCCGAAGUGAGGGGAGGAAAACCGACGGGAGUGUGAGGAAGCACACCAAGUGUGAUUGUGGGAAAAUGGAGGAAUAUGAGAAGUUCUGCGAGAAAAGUCUCGCCACAAUCCAGGAAGCGUCACUAUCCAGGGAGAACUUUUUACCUGCACAAUCUGAAAGCAUCUCGCUAAUUCGCUUUCACGGAGUGGCUGUCCUUUCUCCACUGCUUAACGUUGAGAGACGAAAGGAGAUGCAACAGGAAAAGCAGAAAGCACUUGAUGUAGAAGCAAGAAAGCAGGUGAAUAGGAAGAAAGCUUUAUUGACUCGUGUCCAGGAGAUUCUUGAAAAUGUCCAGGUUAGAAAAGCACCGAAUGCCAGUGAUUUUGAUCAGUGGGAGUCAGACACUGUUUACUUUAAUUCCGAAACACACGUGACUGUUCCUGCUACACUUCCAAACAGCCCUCCUGAACACUCUACUUCAGCAAAUCUUCAAAAAAUAACUGGGAUUUUGCCUUUGGGUAAUGAGGACCAAUUUAAAUCAAAUGGAGUAGACUUAGCUAGUGACUCAGAAGAAUUUAGCUCUCUAAAGCAAUGUGAUGGUUCAGAUAUUAGCCACGUAAAAAAUGAAGCUUCUCCAAAGAUCUCACAAGAGACGCUAUUUUCUGAUAGUCAUGUCCCCAAAAAUGAAGAACAAGAUACAUCACUUUUGGAAGAAGUCACUCCUGAUCCCUAUAUAAUGAGUCUUCAAAACCUGAUGAAAAAAUCAAAAGAUUAUAUAGAAAGAGAACAAUCCAGACGCAGUCUGGGAAGCAGCACAAAGAGGAGUCUUAAUGAGAGUCAUUCAGACAAAGAGAAUGAUGCUGUUAAAGUGACUGACUCUGUAAAGGAGAAAGCCCAGUUGACAGGCAAAAACUCAGUCAUUCCCGACAAACCAAGCCUUAACAAGUCAAAUGUUCUUCUCCAAGGUGCUUCCACUCAAGCAAGCAGCACAAAUUCAUCUGUUCUAGGGAGCUUUUCUAAAGUAGAUAUAACUAUACAAGCUGGCCAUCCAACUGUUUUAGAUUCUGACUCUGCUUUUAAAGUGAUUUCCACUCUUGUUCCUGAAAAUAAUGUUAACAAAAGUCUUACUGGUUCAUAUGCCAAAUUACCUAGUCCUGAGCCAAGUAUGAGUCCUAAAAUGCAUCGAAGACGUUCUAGGCCAUCAUCAGCCUGUCACAUACUCAUAAAUAACCCAAUAAAUGCCUGUGAAUUAAGCCCUAAAGGAAAAGUGCAGGCAGUGGAUUUAAUCAUUCAAGAUACUGAUGAGAAAGCAAACAUACCAAAAACCAUGCCAAAGUUACCACUGGAUGUGGCUGAAGGUUGUCCAAGCAAAGUUUAUGACAGCAGAAAUAUGUCUCAAACCGUGGAAGAAACGGCUUUAAGUAAAUCAAAUCAGGUAUGUCCAUCUUCAGGAAACCAACUAGUAACUAAAAUUCCUCAUGGACUUGAUGCUGAGGAAGGUCAGGUAACAUCUGAUGGGAGAGGACCACACACAGUGGAUGCUACCGCAGUGCCGAGAUUGCAUGAACCAUGUGGCCCCAGUCAAUGUGUAGUGAGCCACAACUUUGAGACCGUGAGUGGACUUAAGUCAGCCAGUGUGCUACAGAAAAAUGACAGCUCCCAGAUGGAACUGAAUAAGUCUUAUGAUGUAAAGAACCCAUCUCCUUUACUGAUGCAAAACCAGAACAGUAGACAAGAGAUGGGCACACCCAGGGUGUCCUAUGGAAAUGAAGAGCUUUUGGAAAACAGUCUUGAGAAAGUUAAGCGGAAACUAGAUUUAGAGAUUGACAGUUUGCAGAAAGAAAACUACCCCUAUGGUACAACUGGAAUAGCUGACCAGGAAAGGCAACCUUUGUUAGAGAAAAGAUACCCGAAGGCCUCUGUCUGCGUUAACAAGAAUAAAAUGUUAGAAAGUAGUUCAAAAGAAGGCGAGGAGAUCUUAAAAAGCAAAAUGCUAGCUUUUGAAGAAAUGCGGAAGCGACUGGAAGAGCAGCAUGCCCAGCAGUUAUCACUACUGAUAGCUGAGCAGGAGAGGGAACAGGAAAGACUGCAGAAGGAAAUAGAAGAACAGGCGAACAUGUUAAAAGAGAAGAAGGCAGUUAGAACAGCAGGCUCGGAAUUGGACGGUAACACUGCGGUGGAGGUAGAAUGGAGACAAAUAAGUGAUUCUGGCUUGCUUGAUACGAUGCUGUCUCAAGUGGAUUCAUUCCAUACUACAAAUAAUUCUGCUUUCACAAAUUCAACCCUACAACAUAGCUUUAGUUCUGCAAGUGAAUCGUCAUUCUACCUCUGGGGAUCAUCAAGUAGCGGUUUGACUAAAAUCUCCGUAAUAAGACCCUUUGGAAGGGCCAAAACUAGAUGGUCUCAGGUUUUCAGUGCAGAAGUACAAGCAAAAUUCAACAAAGUAAGUGCAGUGGCAAAAGGAUACCUGACUCGAAGGCUCAUGCAGACAGAGCGGCUGAAGCAACUUCGACAAACUGUAAAAGAUACUAUGGAGUUCAUGCGAAGUUUUCAGUCAGAAGCACCAUUAAAGAGAGGAAUUGUUUCUGCACAAGAUGCCUCCCUUCAAGAAAGAGUGCUAGCACAGUUGCGAGCUGCCCUGUAUGGUAUUCAUGACGUAUUCUUUGUAAUGGAUUCAGCUGAAAGAAUGUCUAUUCUACAGCAUGACCGGGAAGUUCAAAAAGAGAAAAUGCUCAGGCAAAUGGAUAAAAUGAAAAGCCCACGAGUAGCUCUUUCAGCUGCAACACAGAAGUCUCUUGAUAGGAAGAAAUACAUGAAAGCCACUGAAAUGGGAAUGCCAAAUAAGAAAAUUCUUGUUAAACAAAAUCCUUCUGAAACAAGAGUCCUUCAGCCAAACCAAGGACAGAAUGCACCUGCUCACAGGCUACUUAAUAGACAAGGAACCCCUAAGACUUCAGUGAAGGGGGUUGUGCAAAAUAGACAGAAGUCUUCACAGAGCAGAGUGUCUAACCGAGCGCCUGUGUCAGGAGUAUAUGCAGGAAAAAUCCAAAGAAAGCGGCCAAAUGUUGCGACAAUUUAAGAAGACAACAUUCACUAGGAUAAGAAGGGAAAGCUACUCUUCAUAUUCAUUGUCUCCGCCACAGACCCUGCCACAUGAAUGUCAGAGGGCGCGGUUUGCUUAAUUCCUGUCCCACACUGCUCUCCAGAGCGGUUUGGUGGGGACAAGUGAUUGCCACUUAUCUGUGCUUAACCUGCACUCACAUAAGCUUGUUUUAGAAGUGCAGAUGUCUACGGAAAUCCUUUUUCGGAACUUAAAGGACAUUCGGUUUAUUUUAUAGGUUAUUGAAAAGUUGUGACAAAUUCUAACUAAUUUCUAAACAUAAAUUUCAUUCAUCUCUACAUACUAAUUAUUUACUUUCAUAAACACAUUAGAUACUGUUCUAAUCAAGGAGAAAUUGCAGAAGAAUUUCCCUCCUGAUUUUGUAACUUAAAAUACUGAUUUGCCUUUCAAUCUGCAUAUUCUUCGACUCACAGUAUAAUCAUAGAGGAUACAACUUUUGCCUGCUGGCCAAGGAUGGAGCUGUGGAGUUGUGGGUUACCAUAAGUACACAUUCCUGUCAACAGCUAGUUGUCUUUGGAAAUCAUUGGUUUCACAUAGAUUACCCAAUACCUCAAACUCCUGGUGAGCAUUUCUGCUAGACUUUAAGCUCCUUUCUUCAAUGGAGGGUAACAGAUUGGAGGAAGAUGGCACUGUCUUCUUGAAUGUAGCCCUUAAGAAUUCUUUGUUACAUCUAUUUCUGUAAAUGAGAAUGACAUGUGGCAUGCAGUAACAUUUUCUAUUUAGCCCACAUAUUUUGUAUCUCUAUAGUCUGCUUUUUCUAGCAUGCUUGAUUGAGGGGAGAGUAAAGGGCUAUAUAGGAUAACAAUUCAGAUUUUCAAAGGGAGUAGUAAUACUAAGGGACUUCAAAAAGUUGUGGCAAAAUAGAACAGGUAAUUGAAUUUUUCCAUGAACUUUUUGAAGCCCCUUCAUAUUAUCUGGUUGAAAUUCUGCAUUCCUUAGCGCUAGUAAUGAUCACCUUUGUUUUUUAUAUCACUAGUAUGUUCAUUUAAAAUAUAAACUAACAAAUGUUAACAAGUAGGAUUUUAUGAAGGAGAAUGCCUCUACAUCUUAUCACACCAUUUCCAAAAAGGGCUUUAUGCUUCUCCCAUAAAAUUGGAAUUGUGUACAUUGAUCUUUAUAACUUGAAUUUUGAAGAGAUACUGGUAUUUGAAAACAAAAUUAUAGACAUUCUUAAUAUCCCUUUAAGAAUAUGGAGAUAAAAAUUGGUUUUUUUUUUCCCUUCAAUUUUCUGGUCCACUUAAAAUUCAGUCUUUGCAUCCAGUUAUAGACAGAAAGUAACCACUCUGCGUGUGAACUUGGUUUCCUUUAUUGAGGUGUGCCAUUGACUCAAUGGGUAAACAGGAGCUUUAGAGGACAGACGACACGUGUGUACCUGGUUUAAAAAUGGCAAAGUAUAGCAGAUCACAUUUAUUUGUUUGUUUGUUUUUGGUGACCCCGAUGUGAUUAAUAUAAGCCAUGCUUUAUCAUUCUGAAAACUCAGGAUAUAGCUUACUCAUAUCAUGGGUCUCUCCCAUAAGAAAAGUAGAUGCUAAAAGUUUUGUGUAUGGUAAUUAGCUGAAAUAGAUAGUGUUUUAGAGAACAUUACAACUAGUUUUUGAUUAAGGAUGGAAAACGAGUGUUUUUUUUAAGUUAAACAUAAAAAGCUUGUGUGUUUUACACAUUUUUAAUAUUCAUAGCUUUUUUUUUUCUCAUAAAAGUGCCAGAUACUAUUUUGUGUUUUGGU